AAUUCAAAAAGAAAACUGCACAAAACAGAAUGCUUAUAAAAAACCCAACAGAGGAUAAUCCAUAUAUAGAAGAAGUAAAAACCUUCUUAACACAAAAAGAAACCCAAGACACAAACAUGACUGAAACUUGUUUACAAGAACAAGAAACAGAAGAAAUCAUAUUAGAUUAUGAUAUAGAUAGCAAAACUGAUACUGUUUGCACAGAAAUUCCUAUUGAAAAUAACCUUAACACAACACAAGAACUAGUAAUUAAUAAUACAAAUUUGAAAAGUACCUAA